AUGGACUGGCUACCUGAGUUUCCUCCAAACUUCCAGAAGAGGAUGCGAGAGCCCUCUGAGAAGUCGAAGAAGGCGAAGAAAGCUAAGCUGGGAGAAACAUAUGGCUCAAGACCCUCAGUUCCUCUGGUUGGCUCUCCAGGUAAGUCUGUAUCUCUCUCUCCCUCUGUAAAUAUUAAACCCACUGCUUAUUCUCUUCCCCACACAACCCUUAUAUACACCACUGCUGAAACUCCCCCCUCAACCACCAGAUCCUCUAACCUACCAUCUCAAAAAUUCAACCUCGCCACCACAACUUUACCUGUUUCAGAAGAAGAAAUGCUAAAUGAAACCACCUCACCAUCAUCAUCACCAUCUCCUCAAUCCCCAUCUUACUACGAACUUUCAUCUAACAUUGAACCAUCUGACCCUCACUCCCCCACUCUGGCUCAACUCCAAGCCCGUGAUCUGGCCUCUCAAAAGCCAUCACAUCCUGACCCUGAAUCUGAAGUCACUUCCCCACCUCCGGAACAUCCAAACCCAACCACAUCUGAACCACAACCAUAUCAACCAACCCACUUUAAGCCUCAACCAUGA